CUCCUGCAUCACAGUGCUUUACUUUCCCUCUUGUUCCUUAUCCCCACCUGUGAUUCUUUGACAUAAUCUCUAGUAUGGCCCGUAUUACUGCUCUUUGCUUAAGCAUGAUGGCUCUCUUCAGCAUGUUGAAGGGUGCGGAUGCUCAUUUCCAAUUGACAUAUCCGCAAACGCGUGGUAUGGAUCAUGCCAAAGAACCGACCGCUCCCUGUGGAUCCUUUGACUCGGUCGGUCCUCGUACGGAAUUCCCAUUAUCAGGAGGAUUCGUUGAAAUCAAUGCUGGUCAUCCUCAAUACCAAUAUUCUGUCAAGGUGCUGGUCAAUGGCAACCCCACCGCGUCCGAUUUCUCCGGUGACAAUUUGAAGGAAAUUGCCUCUGGUCAGCGCAAUUACCCUCAACAAGCCUGCUUACCCGUGGACUUCUCCAAGGUCUCUGACGCCAAGAAUGGUGCCAAUGCUACUUUGCAAAUCAUUUUCAACGGUGGUGACGGCGAGCUUUACCAGUGCUCUGAUGUUACUUUGGUUGAUAAUGCUCCCAAUUUCAACAAGAGCAUGUGUAUCAAUGCCGACGGUUCCAAGCCUUCUGAGACUUCCGGCGACAGUGGUAACAACAGCAACAACGGCCAGAGUGGUGCCUCCUCCUUGACCCUGACCAGUGGAGCUGCGGUUCUUGCUGCUGUUGCGGCCGCCCUGAGUUUGGCCUAAUUUAUCAUCUAAUAUGUACUUGUAUACUGCAUAAAUGUUUUAUAAAGAUUAAAAGCUGCUGAGACGGUUACACUAUAAUUUACUAUACGCUUCUUGACCCUUCCAAGACUCCCUCUCUUUCUCUUCUCUGAUGUGCAAUGGCUU